GAUUCCUUUCGGAAGAUGAAGGAGAGGAAUAAGAUUUUCAUCGAGUUUUUUUCCAGCUAUCAGAGCAGAGCUGCGUGCUGAAGAACUACGGUGGCUGUUUUUUAGAAGAUCAGGACAGGCUUUGGUGCUGGAUGUGAGAAAACACCGGGGAGAUGGGAAUUGCAGCUGCGUUCCCCGUGUGCUUUGCAUCGUCAUCGUGGAGCUGCUGGGUGUGGUGUGCAGAGGAGUGAAUGGCCCAUGUUGUGUUAGUGCCUGUCUGCCAUGCUGGCCUGUCUGCCAGGACCAGGUGACCUCUCCUUUCAGCUUCUUUCUUACACGCAGAUGAACACUGGACUUCAGAAAUGGGACACUACACAGAAAAUGAGAUCUGCACAGUAUCCUACCCCAGCAGAAUUGGAUGCCUAUGCUAAGAAGGUCGCCAACAACCCCCUGACUAUAAAAAUUUUCCCAAACAGCGUCAAGGUUCCCCAGCGGAAACACAUUCGCCGUACUGUGAACGGACUCGAUACUUCGGGCCAGAGGUACAGUCCUUACCCAUCUCAGGCCACCACGAAAACCGGCCUCCUGGCCAUCGUCAAAUCUCCAGCGAAAGGAAUCCUCAAGGACUUUGACGGGACGCGCACACGCCUGCUGCCGGAAGCGAUGAUGAAUCCCCCUUCCACGCCGUACGUUGCACCGAGCACUUUAACCCACCCCCAGGCGCUUGCUCGCCAGCAGGCUCUCCAGCAUGCACAGACUUUGCCGCACCCCCAGAGCAUCCCGCAGCCGCAGGCUUUGCAGCACCCUCAGGGUAUACCACAGCCGCAAAGCUUACCCCACCCUCAGGGGAUUCCGCAGGCGCUGCCGCACCCUCAGAACGUGCAGCAGCCUCAGGGCUUGCAGCACCCUCAGACCGUGGCACACCAGGCGCUGCAGCCCCCCCCGAACCCUUUGCUGCAGCCGGGUUUACAUGGGAGCAGAAAGAUGCCGGAUGCGGACGCGCCGCCGAAUGUGACCGUGUCUACCUCAACCAUUCCCCUCUCUAUGGCUGCCACCCUGCAGCAGAACCAGCCACCGGACCUGAGCAGCAUUGUGCACCAGAUUAACCAGUUCUGCCAGGCCAGAGCUGGCAUUAGCACUACCUCAGUGUGUGAGGGACAGAUUGCAAACCCCAGCCCCAUAAGUCGCAACCUGCUUAUCAAUGCAAGUACCAGGGUCUCUACUCACAACGUCCCUACGCCCAUGCCUUCCUGUGUAGUGAACCCUGUCGAUCAUGCUGCUGCUGCUAUUCCUUCUGCCUCUGUUAACGUGCCCAUGGUGAAUAUUAACAGGGUGCCGCCUGCCUACCAGAACGAAAUCAAAUCGGUGGCGUGGAACCAGCACCAGCUCGCUCAUCUGCAGCAAAUGUGUGGGGAUGCUGCCGGGCCCGCGGCGCUGGCAGGGAAGCACGCUCCGAGAGAGAUGGCAGGGCAGAGUUUCCCUGGCAAAACCUCCAGCUACCCUCAAGAACUGUGCAUGGGCCAGUCCUUCGGCUUGAAGCCCCCCAUUGAGAAGCCCACGCCCUCCCCUCCUGUCAACGGCUUGCAGGGACCCUUGCCGUACACCAACGGGCACUACUUCCAGCCCAUGUGGAAUAACAUUCUGCCCACGCCCAACAGCGACAGCUCUGGGUCCCAGGACCUCGCCAUGCCUUUCCACGGGGGACAGCCGGCCGGAGCAGCGCUAGAUUGUGCAGGAGGACCUCAUUACAGAGCUGGGGCCGGCCCGUCCAGCCAGAAUAACGUGAUGCAGACCGUGGAUUACCUAAGUGGGGACUUCCAGCAGCCUUGCUUCAGAGAUCAGAGCAUGGCCGUGCUGGGAAAAGUCCAUCGGCCUCCCAUGAACCGAGCACCCGAACCGAGCGAUAGUCGAAAUCUUCAUAUUCAGCACCCAGGGUAUAGAUAGGCUGCAGUCACUUUCACAGACAAAAUUAGAGGUUUAGUCUUAAUUUUAACGAAGAAGCAAGGCAUUUUUAACUUGCAAACUUGCGUGAUCAUUAUAGUAACCGUUGGAAGAAGACAUACUGUAUAUUUAAAAGCUUUGCUUACGUGUUUUCUCUCUCUCCUUUAUGCAUCAAAUAUUUAACAUGCCUUUUGUUUCCAAGAAUUUCAUUACACUACUCCACACCGCCGCUGUUUCCUCACCACAGAGUCCCCAUGGUGCAGCUCCUGCUCGGUACCCGCGUGCCGGACCCAUGGUGAGUUGCUGCAGGGUUUCACAGCUGCAUCUGUCGGCCGUUGAGGUAGCGUAGCUGCUUACAUUUCCAUCUCAGUUUCCUCCAAAGAGCAGCAGGACUUGUCGGGAAGCAGGGCUUUUCAACUCGAAAGCCCCGCUUCGUUAAUGCAUUAAACGCUGACCAUUGCACUGUCUAGAGGCCUGUUUCGUUGGAAAGAAGCAGGCACGGAGCGAGCUUGGGGGGUGUUGAGGCUUUGAGAUAGGAAGAAGCUUUUUGGCCCGUUGCUCAGGCUCAGUGUGAGGUCAGCAGGACAGGACAGGGUGCCCUGGGUGCUGCCUCCCUGCCCUGCACCACCCUUUGGCCACCAGCUCUGAGCCCCUCGCUGCUCUCAGGCCUGGUUGUCCACAGGGAAGGGCCGCAGUGUGGCUCUCCUUAGAGAUCCCAGCCCUGCUCACAACUGGGUUCAGCAGCCGGGGGAGCAGGAGGUGGUGGGACCUGGAGCCCCACAUCCUCCAUCAGGGCAGCACGUUCAGUAGGACAGUUCUCUCUGGGGAUGAGCAGCUCUAAUGCUCCUUUCCCAGGGUCUCGGUGCCUCCGCCUCCCUCCCUCCCUGCUGUGACACUAACCACAAACCUCUGCUUCCCGGCAUCCCUAUCCCUUCCUAGAGCCAAAUCUGUUGUAAGCAGAAAACCUCUCCCUUAACUAAUACUUGAACAUAAUGAUCACCACCAAGUUUGGAAAUUAAAAACAGACGAAAAGCAAAACGCAUCAAUUCUUUAUAUGUACACUGGCUGAACAAAAAAA